AUGCCAGUUUCCUGUGGAAGUUGUGACCUCUGCACCAAUUGCGAGAAAUCCUGGUGUGGGAGAUUGCAACACAAACCCAAUCUGGUCGUGGCACAUAAAACCUGCCCGGACUGCAUCAACGAUGUCGACAUUAGUAUGCAUCCCAAAUGCGAGACAUGUGGUAUGCGUUGUAAGAUUUGCGGGGCGAGAGACAAGAAAGAAAAGUGCUACCUUCGUCCCCCUUGUGUCGAUACGUGUGGAUUUCGAGAGACCGUGUUUCGUGGAGAUGACACCGCCCGAAUGUUUUGCGACUGGCUCUUUCGAGAGCACCACAAAGGCUAUACUGUUCUAGCACACAACAUGAAAGGUUACGAUGGUUACUUUGUCUUAGAAUAUUUGAUCGAGAAUUCUGUGAUACCCAAGGUCAUAUAUGCAGGCUCCAAGAUCAUGUACAUGCACGUAGAGAGAGGAUUAAACAUUCGAAUGUUGGAUUCGCUCAAUUUUCUACCCAUGAGAUUAGCCAAUCUUCCAAGUGCCUUUGGCUUGACAGAAGUGAAGAAGGGUUUCUUUCCUCAUUACUUUAACACGAGAGCUAAUCAACGCUAUGUUGGGCCCUAUCCAGCUGCUCAGUUUUACGGAUGCGACACCAUGAAUGCGAGCGAUCGAGACUCCUUUAUGGAUUGGUAUCGAGAAAAAGUCGAAACUCGAGAAAUUUUCGAUUUCUCUAAAGAAUUACUCGAAUACUGCAAGAGCGAUGUUGAUAUAUUGAGAAAAGCAUGUCUGAAGUUCAGAGAAAUCCUCAUGACUAUCACGGGAAAAGAAGAAGUCGUCUUAGGUGAGGAAGGCCUGGAAAGAGUAGUUCGGGGAGGGGUCGACCCUUUUAAUCACAUCACCAUAGCUAGCGUUUGUAUGCAAGUCUUUCGAAGUAAGUUUCUCAAGGAAAGCUGGAAGGUGAAAUUGAGGUCUAAUGGUAAUUUGACGGAAUGGUUACCGGCCUUGCGGAUGGACGGAGAAUUUUCCAUCAGUUUGGAUGGACGGUGGAUCUCGGCCAGAGACAUGCAGGACCACACCAUCGAGUCAACUGAAUUCGUCAGUUCGCCCAUUGCGCAAGUCCCUUCUCAGGGAUACGGUCCCUAUGUAGGUCAGUACAGCAUGGUGUCCAUCAGAUGGCUUUUAUGGGUGCAAGAAGAGCACUUCCGACUUACGGGGAAACAGAUGUACAUCAGACAUGCCUUAAACGAGGGAGAAUUCAACUUGGCUGGAACGAAAUACCUACUGGACGGCUAUUGCGCCGAAACAAACACGGCCUAUGAAUUUCACGGUUGUUUCUGGCACGGAUGCCCCCUUUGUUACCCCCAACAGAGACGAAAAAACAAACACGUCAGAACCGACCAAUCCAUGGAUGAACUUUUGGCCUUGACAUUUAAAAAGAAAAAAUACAUAGAAUCACUGGGCAUGAAUUAUGUAGAAAUUUGGGAACACGAUUUUUAUAAGCUACUGGCUAGAAAUGAUUCCACACGUCGCUUCAUCGAAUCUCUAGAUAUACAAGAACGUCUAAAUCCUAGAGAAUCCUUUUUCGGUGGCAGAACAAACGCCGUCAAACUGCACUACAAAGCGAAAGAUGGAGAGAAAAUACAUUACCUGGAUUUCUGUUCUCUGUACCCUUCUGUCAAUAAAUAUGCCAGGUACCCUAUCAAGGAACCAACCAUCAUCACCAACAAUUUCAAGGACAUUCGUUCUUAUUUCGGCAUGGUCAAAGUGAAAGUGUUACCCCCCAGGAAACUUUACCAUCCCGUUUUGCCUCAGAAGAUUAAUGGAAAGCUUACCUUUGCCCUGUGCCGAACUUGUGCUGAAGUUCAAAGGCAGACCACUUGUGCAUGCAGAGAUGAAGACAGGUCCUUUGUAGGAGUAUUUUGUACGCCGGAGAUUGAGAAAGCAUUAGAAUGCGGUUAUCUCGUGCAAAAGAUCUAUGAGGUCUACCAUUGGGAAGAGUCUACACAGUUUGACUUAUCGACGGGAGAAGGGGGAAUUUUUGGAGAAUAUAUCAACCUUUUUCUAAAGAUCAAGCAGGAAGCUAGCGGAUGGCCUUCUUGGGUUAAGGACGAGGAAGAUGCCAUGCACUAUCUCGGGCAGUAUCUAGAGAGAGAGGGCAUAAAACUCGACAGACAGAACAUUACAAAAAAUCCGGCACUACGUGCCAUUGCCAAACUACUCUUGAACUCUUUUUGGGGUAAAUUCGGACAACGUCUUAACAUGCCUCAGAGCACGUUUUUUCACGAAAACGAGGCUGACAAAUUCUUCCAGAUCGUGUCCGACCCGGGUAAGGAACUCAGAGAUUUUCACAUCGUGUCCAAAAACGUGUUACAGUUGUCUUGGGAACACAAAGACGUGAACACGAGAGAGGACUAUCAGACCAACAUCUUUGUGGCCAGUUUCACCACCUGUUGGGCUCGCCUGAAAUUGUACGAAGUCCUGCAAACGCUGGACCAACGUGUCCUGUAUUUUGAUACGGAUUCCGUCAUAUUUGUCAGUAGACCCGGGGAUGCCGAACCCCAAGUCGGGUCUUUUCUGGGUCAAUUGACGAGCGAGCUGAAACCGGGAGAGUAUAUCAACGAAUUCGUCUCUGGAGGUCCCAAGAAUUAUGCGUAUAGAACGUCCAGUGGAACAGAAGUGUGUAAAAUCCGAGGCUUCUCGCUCAACCACGCCAAUGCACGUGUACUGAACUUCAGAUCGAUGAUAGAGAUGGUUGUGCGACCUAGAGACAUGUCGAAUGACACCCUUAGUGUCAUGAAUCGGAACAAAAUUAACAGAUUAAAACGAAAGAGGAUCAUUUAUAGUAGACCAGAACGCAAGGACUAUAAAAUCGUGUACAGUAAACGAGUGAUUCAGGGGGACACUCUCGACACUCUACCGUACGGAUAUUGA